CACAGAGCAUGUCCUGCUGUUUUCAGCACCAGAGCUGGAGGCACCAUAUAAAUGCAUAAAGACCUUUUGCAUACAAUUUAUUUUAUUUUGUGCGACUGACCCAAACAGACACUUCAUAAACUGUUUGUUUUGUCAGCACAAAGCGGACUGUGAGGGAUGGAACUGCACUGGCAUGAAAUUUUGAUCGUUUAAAUAUUUAAAUGUUUAUGCUGAAUUCAUUCGAGUGGCAAUUCUAGACAAUGAACGUAUUUGAAACGGAGCGACAUCAUCAGUGAACGUGAAGGAUUUGUUUGCGAACUCGAGCGGACGUGGGGAGAACAGCUCCUGUUGGAUGCGCUCAAGUUAACGCCAUCAUCUUAACGAGACUGGCUUCUCUCAAAGUAAAGGUAUUUCAUGCAGCAUUAAUGUACUAAGCGUGUGUUGCGCGUUUGAACGCAUUUAGAAGAUGUGCGGAACGCAGCGGAGCCGCAUGGUCGGGCAACUGUGCUCUGAUGUCCGGCGUACAGGAACUCAUCCAUGCCCCUCAGCCGCCCAGUCUUGACCUUCCCGAAGAUUGAAGCACAAGCAAAACAUCACUUUAUAUUUUGAGCUACGUAACUCCACACAUCUGGCCGCUUGAGCACAGUUGACUCAUGGGUACUGUACUGUCCCUCUCGCCGGGUCCCCGAAAACCUGGUUACUAUGACGACCGGACCGGUUCCCUGAGCCAUUACCCGAGCCUGAGCAGCCGCUCUUUGAACACUCAGAAGGACCGCAGUCUUAAACGUGGCCAUUCCAUCUUCCUCCCUGCUCUCACAUGGAAACGUCUGGUGGCGUCCACGAAGAAGCGGGGUGAGGCCAAAAAAGGCUACCCUGGAGGGCAGGCAGCUCUUGGGGGUCCACUAAACAACAAUAAUAUCUAUCAGAAGGACCCAGUUUUGCACCUCAACCACGAGAAUGUGAAGAAGUCGCUCUCCUGUGCCAACCUCACCAGCUAUGACGGUCCAGCAGGUCUGGGCUUUGGAAUGGGGCUGGGCAUUGGCUAUGGCAAACCUCAGCAUAUCUCCUCCGUAAAGAAGGUUCCACCUACGUGCACCUCUUCACCCAAGCGUGUGAUCGUCCAGGCCUCGACCAGUGAGCUGCUUCGUUGCCUGGGCGAGUUUCUCUGUGGACGCUGCUACCGCCUCAAGCAUCUCUCCCCUGCUGAUCCGGUUCUAUGGUUGCGAGCUGUGGACCGCUCGCUCUUGCUCCAGGGCUGGCAGGACCAGGCCUUCGUCACUCCUGCCAAUGUGGUCUUUGUGUACAUGCUGUGUCGUGAUGUAGUGGAUGGUGACGUGGUGUCCUCAGAGCAUGAGCUUCAAGCGAUUCUGCUGACCUGCCUCUACUUGUCCUACUCCUACAUGGGCAACGAGAUCUCGUAUCCGCUCAAGCCCUUUCUAGUGGAGGUGACUAAAGAGGUAUUCUGGGACCGUUGUCUGGCCAUUAUCGAUGUCACCAGUGCCAAGAUGCUGCGCAUCAACGCAGAUCCACAUUUCUUUACGCAAGUCUUUGCUGAUCUUAAGAGCGAAGGAAGUUGCGGACUCCAAGACUACACUAGAGUUUUGGAUCGGUGAAAAUGGAAGUGGCAGAUUUUCUCUGCAUAUGAAACACUGUGUGUGUUUGUUAUAGAAACAAACUAUGAGGAUCAACAGCUCUUGGUUAUUGCAUUUAUUUCAUGUGCUGUUGGAUUGGCUUUAUUGGAUGUUAGGGCAACAGCUGCAGUGACAUUAUCAAGAUUAACAGAUUAGUGUCACAAACACACGUGCACACAUAGACACAUUCAGACACAGUUCUCAGCGGCUGUCCUUGCUUCCCAACCUUAUAGUUUGAGUGGAUAAUCCAUGUAGGCCAUGCACAGUCCUAGAUGUUCUGUCAUCUAUGCAGCAGUGAAAAAAAUGUGUGUCAGGUUUGAAUGAGGGUGCAAGAGAGUGCAUCCUGUCACUUGUGAGUAUAACGGAUGUUAACAAAGAGGCCUAAAGACUGUUUUAGUGCUUUCAGAUCAUUGCUAUUUUGUCUUUUACUGGGUGCAUCUACAUCUCCAUGUAGAGCGAGUUUGUGGAGAUGUGGCCAACAUUAUCUUGAAGGCAAGUUUCUUUGAAAAGGAAUAUUCAAUAUGCAAUUGACAGCAUUUGUUGAUUACCACAAAAUUAAUUUAGACUUGUCCCUUCUUUUAUAUAUAUAUAUAUAAAAAAAAUUACCUUUUUUGUGUAAAGUUUGCAACUUCGUUGCCAUGACAAUGUAAAGAUGUAACUAAAAAUACAUUUACCUGCCUUUAAAACCUCCAAAAAUUGGCUCCAUUUACUUCCAUUGUAAGUGCCUCACUGUAACCUCGAUUUCUCCUUUUUUAAAGAAAAGGAGGGAUGAGUUGAAAUUAAUAACAUCAUGCCACAAAUGCUGUUGAUUGAGCUUAACUUGCACUGAACCUGAAAUAUCCCUUUAAAGUCAACAUGAAGUCAAAAUAAUCCCAUUUAUAAACUUUGAGGGGGCCUGACCCCCCCCCAUUGGGCCCAUAAGCGUAAUAGAUAUAAAACGUACAUAGCGGCACUCGCACAUGCAAACACAACAGAUGCCCUCUGGAUCUGCGGUUUCAAGUGUCACCGCUCAGUUGGGCUAGACAGAAAAGCAGCGACAGCAGCAUGUGGCAUGGCAAGCACUCGUUAAUCUCAUUGUUGCGUUUUAUAGCAGGGCCAUGGAUGCCAUACUCCGACUCCCCCGCAAAAGCCGACUUUAAACACAUACUUCUGCCCACAUGUUCUCAUAUAUUUGCACACAUGCUUACUAAAAUCCUCCAAUAACAACUAUGCAUUCAUUUUCUAGCAAGUAAUCAUAAUUGCACCAAUGCACACGUGCAUAUGCACACUCCUGCUCCCACACACAGAAGCGAUAAUCCUCUCUUUUUCCUUGCCACCAAUCGGGUAGAGUGUGCUGAAAAGUCUGCAAUUACCAAAUGCCAUUCAGAUCAGAAGAGAUUUCAUACUCUCUCAAUCCUCUUUCUAAAACUAGCAGAAAAGACACGUUGUAGGUCGCAUUUUAUUGUAACUGUGCUCGUUGAAGCUGAACUACUCAAGUACAUGUUUAAGUGUAUCUUUAUUAUUUACCUGCUCAAAAUUUAGAGAAAAACUUGGUCUAAGUUAUUAUAAAUUAUUUAUAUACUCUAUAAAUUAUAGAGUACAAAUUAAAACUCUCUGAUACGCCAUUCUUCUCUCCUUUCACAAACACAUAUCUCGUUGUCCCUGGCCUUGGUUAAAGUCAUUUAGUUUUCUUUUAUUGUACUCUGAGAGUGCUGAAAGAGUGCUACCGUUGUUGCAAAGCUAGCAUGCACAGCCUGAAUAUUGGGCUUUUGCGAUGUGGAGUGGUCCGCUGCAGUGGGGGACUGCUUGCACUCGUACUCUCGUGUCUGGCUUGCCUUUAUUCCUCUCUGCUGGAAUGGUUUCUCCAUUGUUUUAGUCCCAUGUGUAUUACUAAAACUCUAGAAUAGCUCUUGAAUAUUACUGCCUUCAAGUUCAGAAUAUCACAUUCAGACUAAGAAAGGAAGUUUUUAAUGCUAUUUGUAAUAGAGCACAACAGUCUGGAAGUAAAAAAUCCCAUACAUUUCUUCGGUACGGAAUUCGAUUUGUAUUGAUAACUUAUAAACCUUUAAAGACAGAUCUAUCGUGAACACGUAGGUUGUUAAUCGAUGGUAUAUGCUUCUGUUGAAGUCAUCUGGAUGUCUUAUUUCAACUUUGUUUAAAAAUCAUGUUUAAUAGCAACAUUUCUGCUAAAGAACUACACAACCCAGCAAAGAACGAUCCACCAAUCAGAGAAUUGCCGCCAACAAAGUGCACAAAAAGAGCUCUGCAGCAACUGCCUACUACUAGAUAUACUGUAAAUGACGUAAUUGAGACGGUCACCCUACAUUCACAAACUCAUUUUAAAUUUGUUCAGCAUAUAUCUGAAUAUUUUGUAAUAAACUUAUUUUAUUGUUUAUUGCAAGUGCAUUUUUACAGUGAACUUAAAAUAUAUUGAUUCUGUACUUAUAUUCAACUUUUUUUUAUUUAUUUUUUAUUUUAUCCCCUUUUCUCAGUUUUGUCAUGCCCAAUUCCCACUACUUACAAGAUUCUCAUGGUGGUGUGGUUACUCACCUCAAUCUGGGUGGCAGAGGACAAGUCUUAGUUGCCUCUGCUUCAGAGACAGUCAAUCCGCGCAUCUUAUCAUGUGGUUCGUUGUGCACGACACUGUGGAGGCUCACAGAAUGUGGAGGCUCAUGCUACUCUCCGCGAUCCACGCACAAAUUACCACAUGCCCCAUUGAAAGCGAGAACCACUAAUUGUGACCACGAGGAGGUUACCCAUGUGAUUCUACCCUCCCUAGCAACCGGGCCAAUUUGGUUGCUUAGGGGACCUGGCUGGAGUCACUCAGCACACCCUGGAUUCAAACUCGUAACUCCAGAGGUGGUAGUCAGCGUCAAAACUCGUACAGCUGCCAGCCGAAUUUUGUGAUUCAAGUGAUUCAAGAUUGAGUUUGUUGGUUUGGUUCAUGGCAUAGAACUCUUUUAUGAAGCAUUUUAUGAAAUCUAUAUGGAAGAAAUAAAUGGGAAAAUACUUUUCACAGGAUAAUCAUGUGUAAUCUCAUAAAUUCCAUCAUUCCGACAUGACUUCUUGCUCUGAAAUUUGGAGGAAUGGUGCUAAAAUCUAUCAUACAGAAAAUUUGUGCCUUGAUCUGGCAAUAAAUACAUGGGUAACAACUCCCUUUUGUGACCCAUUGAGAAAAAUACACACACAAGGUUGCAACCCAAGGAAAGCCACGAAAAUAUCCUGUAGAGUUUAUAGACGAAAAACUUUUAAUUAACUCGGGCUGUGUAGAAUAAUCAAAAUUCAGAAGCCAUUGUCCUGUUAGAUGAUAAAUCCCAUCAAUGCUAAUUUCUGGCAGAGCCAGUUCCUCUGUUGACAGCCAAUCAUAUUAAAAAGGACCUGAAACUGUCUGCAAACACCUUUGAAGGACAAAAUUGCUAAACCAUCCUCAUUACACCUCAAAUAUUUCAUCGAGCUGCAUGUGGAGAUUUUUAAUGUGACAAAACAGAUUUACAGAGACCUCAAAGCCUGGCAGAGGGAUUAUGGAUUUUACAACGAAGAGCGUUUCAGUCCUUAGACAAACAACAAGUUCUGGAUUCUGGAUGGAUCAUUUGGCAAAAAGCAAAAGGGACAACUGACACUAAUUUUUCAGAGUUGAGAUAGACUCAUGUUUUAAACUACUGAAUUAAGACAUUUUGGACACUCAGGACUUGGAUGUUAUGUAGACUCCAUUGUACACUGCAAGUUGCUGUUACUCUAUGAGUUAUGGCUGCUAAGAUUUAUCAAUGUUUUCAAUGCUGCUAAAUGUAAGUAGAAUUCAAAAGGAAUGCCAAGUAGAGUCUCUCAUAGCUGAGAUGGGAACGUGACCAAUGUGGUGUAAAUAUGUUGAUUGUACCAUUAUGAAAUGACUGUAAAAAAACUGCAUGUAUAUCAUUCAGGAAUUAUUACUGUGGUGGUACAUGCCAAACUUUUCAUUUUUUAAAUAUAAAUGGUCCUUUCUUCAGUUUGAGGUUAAAUGGAUUUUAUUUUUAUUUAUUUUUACUCUAGUUAUUAUUCUAAUUAUUAUUGUUUUUAUUUUAGUGAAAAAGAUCAUACCUGCUAAACUUAAAUUUAGGACAUCGUAUUUGAACACAAUUACAAUGUUAAUUUGUUGAUUUCUCUUUGCAUUGUCAGUGUUUGAUGUGGUUGUUUCGGUGACAGCUUGCUUCGUGCAAUUACUGUAUACUGGGUACUGUCUUCUCUGAAUACAGAAAUGAAAUAAAUGAUUAAGCAUUAA